UGUCGCGAACGGGAGCAUCCUAUUCCCACAGCUUGUGCAUUGUGCAGACUCUAUUCCAAUAAUCGUAGUAAAAACCAGCAUUCAGGACAGAAAAGUGGAUGAUAAAACAACGAAACAAACAACCAAGAUGGCAUUCUGUGUGUUAAACGCCGCAGCAAAGCGAACACCAUCGACUGUUUACGCAGUCGGUCGUGGGCUGCUGCAAAAUGUCACCGCUCCGUACCGAUUGUAUCAGCAGCCAGCCCGUGCGGCGGGCAAAUGGUUUCCGGACGAACAGUUCAUCGAACAAUUCAAAGGCCCGGUAAUGUACCCGGACCACGUAACUGCACGCUGGAAGCUUCCGCCCUGGAACAGCAAGAUUGCACCGGUCGAGAAGCAGGUGCGCAAUCUGAAGAUCAAUUUCGGACCGCAGCAUCCGGCUGCCCACGGUGUGCUGCGCCUGGUGCUGGAGCUGGACGGCGAAACGGUGAUGCGUGCGGAUCCACACAUUGGGCUGCUGCACCGCGGCACCGAGAAGCUGAUCGAGUACAAGACGUACGUGCAGGCCCUGCCCUACUUCGACCGGCUCGACUACGUCUCGAUGAUGUGCAACGAGCAGUGCUACUCGCUCGCGGUGGAAAAGCUGCUCAACAUUGAGAUCCCGCCGAGGGCGAAGUACAUCCGUGUGCUGUUUGCGGAAAUUACACGCAUCCUCAACCACAUCAUGGCGAUCGGUACGCACGCACUGGACGUGGGAGCGCUGACCCCCUUCUUCUGGCUGUUUGAGGAGCGGGAAAAAAUGAUGGAGUUUUACGAGCGCGUGUCGGGGGCGCGCAUGCACGCCGCCUACGUUCGGCCGGGUGGUGUCGCGCAAGACAUUCCGCUCGGUUUGCUGGACGAUAUCUACGACUUUGCGGUACGGUUCGGCGAACGGUUGGACGAGGUGGAAGAUGUGCUAACGAGCAACCGGAUCUGGGUGCAGCGGACGGUGAACAUUGGGGUCGUUACGGCCGAGGAUGCGCUGAACUAUGGCUUCAGCGGUGUCAUGCUGCGCGGUUCCGGUAUUAAGUGGGACCUGCGGAAGGUGCAACCGUACGAUGCGUACGAUCAGAUGGAGUUCGAUGUACCGAUCGGUACGAAGGGCGACUGCUAUGAUCGGUAUCUGUGCCGUAUUGAGGAGAUGCGCCAGUCGCUGCGCAUUAUCGACCAGUGCCUCAAUCGGAUGCCGGCCGGCGAGAUUAAGACGGACGAUGGGAAGAUAUCGCCACCGUCCCGCACCGAGAUGAAACAAUCGAUGGAGGCGCUUAUCCAUCACUUUAAGCUGUUUACGCAGGGCUAUCAGGUACCGCCGGGGUCGACGUACACGGCGGUGGAAGCGCCAAAGGGUGAGUUCGGUGUGUAUCUGGUGUCGGACGGGUCCAGUCAGCCGUAUCGGUGCAAGAUUAAGGCGCCCGGCUUUGCCCAUCUGGCGGCGCUGGACAAGAUUGGACGGCAUCACAUGCUGGCGGAUGUGGUGGCCAUUAUCGGCACGCUGGAUGUCGUGUUUGGUGAGAUUGAUCGCUAAGAUGGGUCGUUGCAAAUGACCAAAAAUGAAUGACAUAAAUAAAUUUCAGUAUUAUAUCUGUUAAUUGUAAUAAAUCAUAAUAAAUACAAAAGCUUUAGCGUAAAACCUGGUUACAAGCAAA